AGCAACGUGGGCCUUAUCUUCUUCCUCCCUCCUUUUGUUUAUCCUUGGGCGCACACACUCGCUAGAACGAUUUCCGAUUUUCAGAAUUUCAGAGUAAUCUCAUCGGUUGCGAUAAGCAAACCAUAUGAUCGAAUCGAACAUGCUUCUUCAUACGGUAUCUUCUUCCUCUCCUCCCAAUCACCACCUCUAUCUACACCAUUCCCAGAUUCUCCCAUCUACUGGCUCGAUUAAGUUAUCGCACAAGAAGAUUUCUCUUCAGAUACAUGGAAGGACUUUGGCCAUUCGAUCUUUUCAUGAAUUUGCUGCUAAAGGUUUACCGGUUUUGAACAAAGCUUCUUUGAAGAAGCUACCAAGCAAAGGAUCUACCUUUCUGCUAGGCCAGAGCGUGUUGAUGAUUUCUGCUAACCCACAGUUGGCAACAGCUGCAGAAAUCAUAAAGCCAGAACCAAUUUACGAAGUUGGAGAGUUAUUUGAAAUUGGUAUUCAGCUUUCCUACUUGCUGUUACUACUGGGUUUGCUUGGAGUCGGUACUUUCUAUGUCAUCCGCCAAGUACUUGUGCGCAGAGAACUUGACCUCUCCGCUAAAGAAUUACAGGAGCAAGUUAGGAGCGGCGAUGCAAGUGCAACAGAGCUCUUCGAGCUCGGUGCAGUGAUGCUGAGGCGGAAAUUUUAUCCUGCAGCCAACAAGUUUUUGCUUCAAGCCAUCCAGAAAUGGGACGGUGACGAUCAAGAUCUUGCUCAGGUCUAUAAUGCUCUUGGAGUGAGUUAUGUCCGAGAGGAGAAACUGGACAAAGGAAUCGCUCAGUUUGAAAUGGCGGUGAAGCUGCAGCCCGGUUAUGUAACGGCUUGGAACAACCUUGGGGAUGCUUAUGAGAAGAAAAAAGAGCUGCCUUUGGCGUUGAAAGCGUUUGAAGAGGUUUUGUUGUUUGAUCCCAACAACAAAGUGGCUCGGCCUCGACGAGAUGCGUUGAAGGAUCGUGUUAAGCUCUAUAAAGGCGUUGUGGCGGUUAAGUCCAAGAAACGGUGACGGUGAAGGCAAAGACGCUUGACUCGAACCAAGAACCGUUCGUCUCUAUCCUCUCCUUGUGUCUUUUUUGUUUGGUAAUUUGUAAGGAGAUUUUAUGUUAAUAUGAAAAUGAAACUUGCUUUUUGUUUUAUUAUUUUGUGUUAAAAGGAAGGAAAUGAAAUGCUUUUUCAGUUAUAUGCAUUGAAAUAUA